AUGGAGCAUAGCUUCUCAUUCUUAACCUUUCUUGCAGUUUCACUGAGCUUCAUCCUUCUCCUCUCGUGGAUUUUGAAACUGGGAACAAGAUCCGAAGUCACAUUGAUAAAACCAUUGAACCUUCCCUUAGGGCCAUGGGAGCUUCCUCUCAUUGGAAGCAUACAUCACCUAAUUGGGUCUCUACCCCAUCAUCGCUUGAGAGAACUAGCCCAAAAAUAUGGCCCUCUCAUGCACCUAAAACUUGGUGAAGUAUCAACCAUUGUGGUUUCUUCUCCAGAAGUUGCCAAAGAAGUGUUGAAAACCCAUGAUGCCAUCUUUGCUCAAAGACCCCAUCUAAUUGGUGCAGAUAUCAUGUGUUAUGGUUCCACUGAUAUAUCCACUGCUCCAUAUGGAGGCUAUUGGAAGCAACUAAAAAAAAUAUGCUCACAAGAGCUUCUUAGCCCAAAACGUGUGCACUCAUUUCAAUCUAUAAGGGAAGAAAAAGUGUCCAAUUUAAUGAGAUAUAUUGCUACUAAGAAUGGAUCUUGUGUCAACCUUAGUGAUAAAGUGGCUUGCAUGACAAGUGCCAUCACUGCAAGGGCAGCUUUUGGUAAAAAAUGCAAGGACCAAGAAGAGUUCAUUUCCCUGGUCAAGAAACUUGUGAAAUUGUCUAAAGGUUUAAUUGUUCUUGAUUUUUUCCCUUCCCAAAAGUGGCUUCAUCUGAUCAGUGGAGUGAAACCUAGAUUGGAGAAGUUGCAUAGAAAAUUUGAUAUAAUUUUUGAAAACAUUAUCCGGGAGGCAGUACAAAAGCCUGGUGAAGUAGAAGUAGAGGCUCUUCUCAAUGUUCUUCUUAAUAUUAAAGAUCAUGAAGCCCUUGAAUGUCCCUUGACAAUCAACAACAUCAAAGCUGUAAUCUUGGAUUUAUUUGCUGCUGGAGGUGAUACAACAUCUGCAGUCAUAGAAUGGGCCAUUUCAGAAAUGGUGAAAAACCCAAGAGUAAUGAUCAAAGCUCAAGAAGAAGUUAGAGAAGCUUUUGGUAGCAAAGGAUACACUAAUGAAACAACUCUUCAAGAACUAAAAUUUCUGAGAGCAGUGAUCAAAGAAACACUUAGAUUACACCCUCCUUUUCCUCUUCUUCUCCCUAGAGAAUGUUUAGAAACUUGUGAGGUUGAAGGGUACACAAUUCCUGCUGGAACCAGGGUGAUAGUCAAUGCAUGGGCAAUUGGAAGAGACCCUAAUUACUGGGAUGAAGCAGAAAAGUUUUAUCCAGAGAGAUUCAUGGAUUGUGCUAUAGAUUACAAGGGUUUAAAUAUGGAAUUCAUACCCUUUGGUGGUGGAAGGAGAAUGUGCCCAGGAAUUUUGUUUGCUAUAUCAAGUAUUGAACUUUGUCUUGCACAGCUACUUUAUUACUAUAACUGGGAACUUCCAAAUGGAACCAUGGAAAACCUAGAAAUGACUGAAGCUUCGGGCUCUUCCUCAAGAAGGAAAAAAGAUCUUAUCUUAGUUCCAAUUUCUUACAAUCCCUUUUAA